CCCUUUGCCGACACCAAUACCACAGUGACCCAUUCGCUACAUUUCAAUUUUCUGGCUGGUCUGCGGCUAACUUCGUUUCGCUAUCAAAAUUGGUCUUCGAAUUCUCGUACAUACUGCGCGAGCCAAGAAAACGUGUGGCACAAUCGCUUAGGACGCGCAGGAACUGAUCCGUCUGGAACCAGCGGUCCGCUUCGUCGUAACGUAACUCACACAACCCGAAAAACGAGAGAAUCUGGACGAUUGUGAGCCCCCUAACCCUAAACCCACACAUACUCGAGGAUGGCUUCGUCGACAGGUGUUGUCGUUCCAAGAAACUUUCGCCUUCUUGAAGAACUCGAAGCAGGACAGAAGGGUGUAGGGGACGGUACCAUAUCCUGGGGUCUCGAGAACGACGAUGACAUGACCCUUACCCACUGGACCGGUAUGAUCAUUGGUCCUCCUAGGACUCCAUAUGAAAAUAGAAUGUACUCACUUAAAGUUGAGUGUGGCGAGCGCUAUCCGGACGAGCCACCAACGCUGAAAUUUCUAUCAAAAAUCAACAUUAACUGCAUCAACAGUCAGAACGGUGUGGUCGAUCACAGGAUGGUUCCGGUGCUGAGCAGAUGGAACCGUGAUUACACGAUUAAGACAAUUUUACAAGAAAUACGUAGGAUUAUGACGCUAAAGGAAAACCUAAAGUUAACACAACCUCCGGAGGGUAGUUGCUUCUAGUGCUCUUAAUUGAACUAUAAAAGCGAAAAAAAGAAGGG